AGCUGGAUUUUAAACUCACAUCUCUCCCUGAGAAUUCAGAGGGUUCUGUUAGGAGCUCUGUUGUAAGUAACAGUUUGGUUCAAGUUUAUCCUUGAAGUGAAUGUGCCAAGAAUUCAUAUAUUUCUGGAUGUACUGGAAUUAAAAGGAUUUAAGAGAUCCUGCUGUACAUAAUCUAGGAUAAAUAGGAUUUACCAUUCCCUGGAUGAAGUGCUUGGGAAGUCUUUAAAUGCCAUAGUCAACUGCCGUUCCAAAGAAAAAAUAGAUGGUUUUGGACAGUUCAUGCUGCUGCUUCAUUGAAUUUUAGAAUGAUUGAAGAUAGUGGGAAGAGAGGAAAUACCAUGGCAGAAAGAAGACAGCUGUUUGCAGAGAUGAGGGCUCAAGAUCUGGAUCGCAUCCGACUCUCCACCUACAGAACAGCAUGCAAGCUUAGGUUUGUUCAGAAGAAAUGCAAUUUGCACCUGGUGGACAUCUGGAACGUCAUAGAGGCCUUGCGGGAGAACGCCCUCAACAACCUGGACCCGAGCAUAGAGCUCAGCGUGGCUCGCCUGGAGGCCGUGCUCUCCACCAUCUUUUACCAGCUCAACAAACGGAUGCCGACCACGCACCAGAUCCACGUGGAGCAGUCCAUCGGCCUGCUGCUGAACUUCCUGCUGGCGGCCUUCGACCCGGAAGGCCAUGGCAAAAUUUCAGUAUUUGCUGUCAAAAUGGCUUUAGCCACAUUGUGUGGAGGGAAGAUCAUGGACAAAUUAAGAUAUAUUUUCUCAAUGAUUUCUGACUCCAGUGGGGUGAUGGUUUAUGGACGAUAUGAUCAAUUCCUGCGGGAAGUUCUCAAACUACCCACAGCAGUGUUUGAAGGUCCUUCAUUUGGUUACACAGAACAGUCAGCUAGAUCCUGUUUCUCUCAACAGAAAAAAGUCACAUUAAAUGGUUUCUUGGACACGCUCAUGUCAGAUCCUCCCCCUCAGUGUCUGGUCUGGCUGCCCCUUCUGCAUCGGCUGGCAAAUGUAGAAAAUGUCUUCCAUCCAGUUGAAUGUUCCUUCUGCCACAGUGAGAGUAUGAUGGGAUUUCGAUACCGAUGCCAACAGUGUCACAAUUACCAGCUCUGUCAGGACUGCUUCUGGAGGGGACAUGCUGGUGGUUCCCAUAGCAACCAGCACCAAAUGAAAGAGUACACGUCAUGGAAAUCACCUGCUAAGAAGCUGACUAAUGCGUUAAGCAAGUCCCUGAGCUGUGCUUCCAGCCGUGAACCUUUGCACCCCAUGUUUCCCGACCAGCCUGAGAAGCCACUCAACUUGGCCCACAUCGUGCCACCCAGACCUGUAACCAGCAUGAAUGACACCCUGUUCUCCCACUCUGUCCCCUCUUCAGGAAGUCCUUUCAUUACCAGGAGCUCUCCUCCCAGGGACAGUGAAGUAGAGCAGAACAAAAUGCUGGCUAGGGCUGCUCCGGCUUUUCUGAAGGGCAAAGGGAUACAGUACAGCCUGAAUGUGGCAGACAGGCUGGCUGAUGAACAUGUUCUCAUCGGGUUGUAUGUCAACAUGCUCCGGAACAGCCCAUCAUGUAUGCUCGAGAGCUCGAACCGGCUGGACGAAGAGCACAGGCUGAUUGCCAGGUACGCGGCGAGGCUGGCGGCAGAGUCCACGGCGUCUCAGCCAACUCAGCAGAGAAGUGCUCCUGACAUCUCCUUCACCAUUGACGCAAAUAAGCAACAGAGGCAGCUCAUUGCAGAACUAGAAAACAAGAACAGAGAAAUCUUACAGGAGAUCCAGAGGCUGCGGCUAGAGCAUGAACAAGCUUCUCAGCCCACUCCAGAGAAGGCGCAGCAAAACCCCACUCUGCUGGCAGAGCUCCGGCUCCUCAGACAGCGCAAGGAUGAGCUGGAACAGAGAAUGUCUGCUCUCCAGGAGAGCCGGAGAGAGCUAAUGGUCCAGUUAGAAGGUCUUAUGAAGCUACUAAAGGAAGAAGAGCUGAAACAGGGAACCCAGGGGGCAGGUUCUCCUCGCUCCUCCCCCAGCCACACCGUCAGCAGGCCCAUCCCCAUGCCCGUGCGGUCGGCGUCAGCCUGCUCCACCCCGACUCACACUCCUCAGGACUCCCUCACAGGGGUAGGGGGAGAUGUACAGGAGGCCUUUGCACAAAGUUCAAGAAGAAAUUUAAGGAAUGACUUACUAGUGGCAGCGGAUUCCAUCACUAACACCAUGUCCUCUCUCGUGAAAGAGCUGAAUUCCGAGGUGGGGAGUGAAACGGAGAGUAAUGUGGAUUCUGAGUUUGCAAGGACUCAGUUUGAGGAUCUGGUUCCAUCGCCAACCUCUGAAAAGGCUUUUCUAGCGCAAAUCCAGGCCCGGAAACCCGGGUACAUUCACGGUGGAGCUACCCCAAGCACCAUGCGCAGCGAUGUGGUUACAGAAGAUGGGGAUCCCUACGUGCGGCCUGAAGAUGAGAAUUAUGAAAAUGACUCGGUCCGGCAGCUGGAGAACGAGCUCCAGAUGGAGGAAUACCUGAAACAGAAGCUGCAGGACGAAGCCUAUCAGGUCAGCUUGCAAGGUUGAAUACAAUAUCCUUUUAUCACUCUCCUCUCAAGCAAACUAUAGUCAGACAGAUGAUGAAAGUAACAGGAGAGCUGGUGAUGACGGGGAGCGCUGCACCCACCCACACAGAGGAGAAGACAGCAGCCUGGCAGCAGCCCCGCCGAGAGGAGCCACCCCACGCAGCAGCUCCCGGCAGACCCCGCCCCAAAGACACGUGCUGCUGACUGUAGUGCAGCCGACAUUUUGUUCUAAGACUUGUAGUUCGUAGGUGUGUGUUUUAAGAAGGAGAAAAAAAAAGACUUCUGUUCAAAGCUAACUUAUCAGCUACAUCUUCUGUAACAUGGCUCAUCCCUGGUUCAAAACAAACAGAAAAACCACAGGCUGAAAACCCGUGCUGCUGUUACUCACGAGGGCAGUAUUAAUAAGCAUUUUAAACCUUUGCACAUGAUAUUGAACCUGUUCAGUUUACAAUGACAAUAUUAAUACUGUUUAUAGCUAGAAGUUUGAUUUCUGAAUUCUUUGAGAUUUUAGCAAAACAGUUUAUUAUACAAUGUACUUUUUUUUUUCCACAGCAAUUGGGGAAAAACAACCACUUGCAAUUAUUCAUUGGCCCCGAAGGAUUUGGUUCCUGAGUGUACAGACUCAGAGGUCCUUGGCCUGCACUGUCUGCCAUUGUCUCCAAGUCUCUGUGAGCAGUGACUUGAACCAAACACACCAGGAUAAUCCAGUCUUUGGGGCUUCUUUCCAACUUGAGGUUGUUUUCUUUCAAGAUAUUCUAGCAAAUCAGCCAUAGAAUUUAGUGUAAAUAUUUUUUCCAAAUAGAUAAUCAUAUUCAAAAAAGACAACAUUCAAAUUAUAUAGAAUCUAGUUUUUAAAAUCAGCACAGAUCUUCUUAAAACUGUGAACUAUGUUUUGAAAUACUCGUUACUAAAGCUGUUUAUAAACCACAGGUGCCAUAAGAUCCCCAAAUGGACUAAAGUGAUCUCUGCUCUUCCAUGGUCUUGUUCCUCUCAUUUUAGCUUUAGGGAGCAUGUCUCUAACAGCACCGCUCAUCCACAAAUUCCCCUAUCAGGUUGUUUGGAGGCCUUCAGCUUUAAUUGUACAGGCUUAAAGUGCGCUUGCAAAAAACGUCUGCUCUCCUUUGAUUUCUGAAUGUUUAUUGCCUUAGUGUUCUGCAUGCAGCCUCUGUGGUCAUGUGAAAGGAAACAGGCUCUUCUAAGUUGAGUUGGGAUUUUGCACUCAGGGAAAAGCUGGUGUGCAAAAGAACUGUCAAAGAAGUGAGGAUAAAAGACUCUGUUGAUGGUCCUUUAUAAGGACCCUUUUGGGGGAUUGCUAAUGACCUCCCUUAGGGAUUCCUGGGAAAUGAAAAAAUAACCUAUCUUUUUCAAGAUUUGGUGAAAUAAAAAUCCUGCAACAUAUUAGAUACAUUAUACUUAAAUUGGCAGCUUUUCUGGAAUUCCCGCUUCUCCUUUAAAAGAAAGAAGAGAACAUCAUUUUAGAACAGUGCUUCUCAAAGUGUGUUCCCUGGACCAGAAAUGAU